AUGGCCGCCCUUCCCAAGAACAAUGCCUUUGGGGCCGGCUGUCCAAGCUGGAACAUGGCGUUUCCUAAGGGCAACUUGACUGCCGUUGAGAUCCUCACCUACCUCCCGCAUUGGCUCAAGUCAAUCGACGUUGUCGAGCGCUUCGUUUCGCACGGUGCAAAGUCUUUGAACAUUGCCGCUAUCAUCAAUGAAGCCAGGAUCUUGCCGUCAGGAAAACCACUUCCCCCAAACUCCGUCUUGGUCAUGAUGCAGUACGCUAUGCGGCGUGCGGGCUUCGAAGACUGGUCUAUCAGCACCCAUUCUCAGUUUCCGCAAGAGAUGCCGCGACCGGAGUGGAAUCUUGAGGUGACGGGCUUCCGCACACCCUGCGCUACACACCCCAAAGACAUCAACAGCCCGACACCAAAGAAGGUGAAGCGCAAUCAACAGGUUGAGCCGAUGGAGUUCAGGGAUCUUGCGCGCCACGUCAAGCUGCACCCAUGCGGCAACGAUGCGCUCGAUCUCGCACGUUGUGUUCAAUACGCUGUCGAACAUCCGCACGAGUCCUGGCUAUUCCCCACACAGUUCACCAGUCUCGUCGCUCACCUUGGUGGACCCGCGCUCAUCACUGACGCUCACCUUGACAGCGAAGCGUUUGCUCGCCGCAACGACUACCACUUCUCGCCACCCAAAACCAAAACCAACAACACGCGCAGCAAGGUGAAGGCUUGUACAGAAAACAAUCCGUUUGUGGAUCUGUUGCUAGCAAGUACCUCUCAGAAGCGUACAGUGGACGGGAUGGCAAAGGUGGCGCUCGACAACACGAGGCGGAGUGGCAGGUUGGUGGACAAGCAGAUCAACUUUACUGAGCCGUCGGAGGUCGAUGAAGUGGACAGCAACGACACUGACUCGCCUUAUGCAACUCCCGCGAAGAAGCGCAAGCUCUCCCGCCUUCCACCCACUCCCCAGUCCAUCGACGACGGCGAGUUCGUGCAAUGCGAAUCUGAUGCCAAUGACGACACGUCGGCAGAGGAACCUGGCGAGGUUGAAACCCCAUCACCGACUCCGACAGUUCGUGGCCGCGCCGCUGCACGUAAGGCUCGUGCCAGCAUCAAGACUGCCUUUCUAAAGCAUGUUAUGCCUCCCAGGCAGACGACCACUGUAAACGGAGCUUCGACUCAGAAGCCUGUCCCUGACUUCAUGAGCACCACCUUUGAUCCCGAGGUCAUGGAUGCCGCGCGCAUGUUCAGCUUUCGUCAGCCCGUCCGUCUCCCGCCUCCCAUGCUGUCAAGCAAUCGUCUGAAGAUCGAAGACAAUACCGUCUUCCUCUAUGCCUCGCCCGAGCACACCGACCUUGAUAACAUGUACGCGUCCGCAUACGACUCCGCCCGUUUCAACGGUGCGCGACGCCACGCCCCGUUCCGUGAGCUGCAUCUGCUUACCAACCCUGCCUCUUUCGACAUCAGCGACUGGGCUGAGAACAUCCGCUGGUCCAAGGAACAAUACACCCACUUCGAGAGCGUGUGGACUGAGUAUGAUCACCACCUUGAGUGCAUCACGGCUCAUAGGCAGAACAUCGGCUGGGCCAGCGAGGAGAUGAUCAUGGCUGGUAUGGCUGGCUUCUAG